AUGCUGAGGAUUUUGCUUUUAUUGGGUUUAACACAGAUAUGUGCUGCUCAAGCAGACAUCACCAUCUCAGUGUUUAUGGCGACUUCUAAGAGUAUAACAGUGCAGUGGACCAAACAGUCUGAUGCCAAGUUCUACAAGAUCACAGCGACUCCGAUGAACUCUCCUGAGACGUCUGUCUUUGCCGAGUUUGGUGAAAACACGGUGAUGGGCUCGGUCAAGUUCCUCUCACCAAACACAGUGUACAGGAUACAGGUUGAGGCCAUGAGUAACACUUUCGAAGUCCUCAGUUUCGCAAACACUGAGGAGACAACAGCCCCUGAGGUGCCCUCCAUUGAGCAGGCCUACUCCAAACAGAGCGACAGCAUCACUGUGGAGUUCACUGAGGUUUCCGGGGCAACCAGCUACAUCCUGAGGGCAGAGACGGACGAUGGAGAUUUCUUCUCGGAGACCUGUGUGGCAAGCUCACCGGGCACAGUGGUGGACCUCCAGCCCUACACAGAGUACAGCCUCAGCGUCAUCUCCGUCAGGUCCACCAGGAAUUGCACCGACCCCGUCAACCCUGACGACGACUACAACAAGAGGAGGAGCCAGCCUUCGUACCCCGUCCAGGCCCGGACAGUGGUGGUGGCCCCUAGGUUGAACACCACCUCUCCAAGCAACAACACCAUCUUCGUGUCCUGGUCUCCCGUGGAGCACGCUGUCAACUACACCUUGUCCAUCAUCAGACAGGGCUCUGACGCCCGCCACACACAUAACAUCACCGAGCACAUGAUGAAGUUUGAGGGCCUUGAGGGAGGGAUGACCUACUGCUUCAAGAUCACAGCCUGGGAUGCUCUGGGUCGUGCUGGGGACGUCUUCAAUGCCUGCCAGAUUACACGCCCAAUGAGUCCCGAUCCAGUGCAUACCUUUAUGACCCAGGGUCGGUCUGUAGGCCUCGCUGUAUACUGGCAGGAUGUCCAAGGAGCCCAGAACUACACAGCCUGGUCCAGUAACGGCCAAAACUGUUCCUCAGGAGAGCAACACUGUGUCAUCAAGCCUAUGGAGUGUGGACAGAAUCAAACUGUCUCUGUCACUGCCUAUAACAAAGCUGGACCCAGCCGUCCCUCGCAGCCACAAGACUACAUUACAUUCCCAUGUCCCCCAGAGAGGGUGUGGAUUGAAGAGCACGAGGCAGGCAGCUGCCGGGUGAUGUGGACUGAGGUGCCGCUCACGGAGCGGUACGUGGCCUACAUUAAGAGGGAUGAUGGGGCUGAGAACCAGUGUAACACCACCACCACCACCUGCCAGUUUGACUGCGUGUGCGGCUAUACCUACCUGACCACCGUCUUCGCCAACAACCAUGCCGGCUCCAGCCCUCAGGGACUCGUGGUCAACUACACCACCAUUCCUUGCUGCCCAGAUGAUGUUUCCGUAGAGCUGGUUUCCACGGAGACCCUAGAGAUCAUGUGGUCUCCGGUGCGAGGGGCGGAGCUGUAUGAAACAACAGCCACGGAGACUGAUGAUGUCAUCCACUGUAAUGACACGGCACCGUUGUGCGCGCUGUCAGACCUGAUGUGCGACACAGUUUAUUCUGUGGUGGUCACACCUUGCAGCGAGAUACGGGGCUGCAACCGCACGUGCAGCCCACACACACACAAAACAGCUCCGUGCUCACCAAAGAUCGUGAAUGUGACGCAAAUCGACGACUCCACAGUCAGAGUGCUCAUCACAACCCCCAACACCCCCAACACAAAUUACACUGUCAGCGCCGUUGGACGCACCGACAGACACACCUGUCACACACAGUCCAACUCCUGUGACCUCACUCAACUGCCCUGCGGAAUGACGUAUGAGGUCACGGCAGUCGCCACCACAGCCCAAGGGAGAAGCUUGCCCAGCUACAGCAUACCUUUAGAGACAGGUCCCUGCUGUCCCACGUCUCUGAACGUGACACAGGUUACCCAGGCGAUGUCCAACGUGUCCUGGUCACCUGGCUUCGGUGCACGCUCCUACAUUACAGCCUUGACGUCCCCACGGGGACACGCCAAGUGCCACACCCUGGACACACACUGCCAGAUGGGAUGCAUCAUCUGUGGCACCAACUACAGCGUGAGCUUAGAGGCCAUCAGCAGCACGGGGCACAAGUCCCAGUGCAACUACCAUGGAUUCUCAUCCAGUGCUUGCUGUCCGACAGCUGUCAAGCUCUAUCGGGUGUCCAAUAACUCCAUGAGAGUGUUUUGGCGCUCCUCGGGCUCCUCUCCGACCCAGAAACACACAGUGGACGUGUAUGGGGCGGCCUCUAAUAGCACUUGUACCGCAACUAAUGGCAGAAACUCCUGCGACGUUCAGGUCAGAUGUGGGGACGUCUACACAGUAGUGGUGGCACCAGUGGGAUGGGAUGGGAGCAAAAUCAGCUUCUGUCCGCGUAGGAUGUACUCUGUACCCUGCCCAGGGAAUAAUGCUGGUCUGGUGAUUUUUAGGGGAAAGCGAAGUGUGGGUUAAAAGUGGGAAACCCCUCCGCCUGAUGGACACAGGAUCAUGUACACUCCAACGGCAACUGUGAAGAUACCAUGUCCCCAGAUGAAAUAUCAGUCUUUUGUUUAGGAAUACCUGUGUUGUUGUUACUGUUGUUUUCAAGAAAAACUAGAUGCAAUAUGACAUUGUUUCUGCUAAAUGAAUAUAAUGCCGAAACAAGCUACAACAAUAAAACGAAGAAGUAGAAGGCGGCUUGUGGACAAAACAAAACCACAAAUGUAGGU